UGAAAUUGAUGAUUGUGAAGUGCAAUCCAGGAAGGGGAUUUGUGAAGAGAAGAACCGGGAGGAGGAGGAGGAGGAGGAGGAGGAGCGGCUGAUCAAAGGAGGAAGGGGAGCAGAGGACGAGUAUGGGUUGCUCCUCUGUGUGGAUCUUUUUGCUGUCCUUUUCUCUCUCCCAUCAAAGUGUCACAGCACAAGCUGAAGCAUGCAGGACGGUGGUGCAGGCAGACAUAGUAUUUCUGGUGGAUGAGUCAUGGAGUGUGGGCCAGACCAGCUUCUCCAGCGUCAAGGACUUCAUCUCAGCCAUCUUCUCCUCCUUCAAGGGCAGUGUGGUGGGAACUGAGGGGGUCCGCUUUGGAGUCACUGUUUUUGGGGAUGUCCCGAGGAUGAAGAUUGCUUUGACGGACUACGGCACACUGGAGGAGGUGCUCAGAGCUGUCAGAGACCUUCCCUAUGAGGGUGGAUCAAGAAGGACUGGUGGUGCCCUCCAGUUUCUGGUUGACCAUGUGUUCAGUCCUGUCAUCAGGCGAGACCAUGCCCCAAAGAUUGCUGUAAUGAUCACAAAUGGGCUUUCAGACGACCAGGUCGAUGCCGCAGCCAGAACUGUAGCUGACAAUGGGAUUUCUGUCUUUGCAGUCGGUGUUAGGGGAGCCGACGAGUCAGAGCUCAGGAGGGUCGUGUCAGAGCCACAUGAGGAGCACCUACUACUGGUUACUGACUACUCUGUCCUUGAAAACAUCCUUCCCAAACUGUCCCGCAGAGUGUGUUUCACUGCUUCUGAGCCACCACGUCCUGUGAAGACUUCUCAGCCUGUUGAAGAGCGCGUGGUGGGUCCCAGAGACCUGCAAGUUAGCGAGUUGGCACACAGUUCCCUCAGACUGACAUGGAGCCAGGCCACAAGCGAUGUCACCGGAUACCGUCUCCUGGUCACCCCUCUGACCUCCAAGGGACAUCUCCUCCCUUUGCAGCAGAGACAGAUUGAUCUGAAGGCAGAUGUGAGCACAACGCUGGUGACGGAGCUGAGUCCUAAAACAAACUAUUCCCUCACUCUCUACGCCAUCUACCCCAGUCUCAUAGGAGACUCUGCAACAAUCACCAUCCAGACAACGCCUUUGCCUCAGGUGUCAAAUUUCCGUGUUAUUGAGGAGGGUCUGUUCUCUCUGCGCCUGGGCUGGACGCCUCCACUGGGGAAGCUCGAUGGAUUCAAGAUCCUCAUCCCAAGAUCCAACAGACCAGGAUUCACUUACGAGCACCUGCUUCCUGGAGAUGUCUCUUCUCAUGUGAUUGACAGCCUGGAGGAGGACAAGAAGUACAUUAUCACUAUUUAUGCUGUUUACCCCCAAGGACCAAGUGAACCAGUUUCAGUAGUGGGCAAGACAUUAAAGCUCGUCCAAGUUGAGCGCUUCCAGGUCCAAAACGCCACCACAGACACUGUCCAGGCAAGGUGGGCCUCAGUCAGGGGGGCCACAGGUUAUCGACUGACAUGGGAAUCCCCAGAUGGCCACAUAGAGAACAUAAAUCUCGGGGACAACUUUAACUUCUACAUGAUCCAAGGCCUCCGCCCGGGCUCUGACUAUACCAUCACCAUCAAUCCCAUCUUUGGAGACACAGAGGGACCCAUUACUGUCGCCAAAAUCAAGACAUUGGAAAGCAGUGCAGUACAGACUUUGAAGGUGUCUGCUGUGAGCACCAGUGCUGCUGUUGUCUCAUGGAACAGUGUCCCAGGAGCCACAGGAUACAGGCUGGCCUGGGGACCCACCCCAGAGUUUGUUGGUCGGGACCGUCCCAGGCAGUUGGCUCUGAACAGCAGCACCACAGAAUACCAGCUGAAGAAUGUGGCCCAUGAUACUGAGUAUGUCCUGACUCUCUAUGUGCUGUUUGGAUCUGUGGUGGGGCCUGGUAUCUCUGCUACCUUCAGAACUUCUCCAUUGGGAUACGUGUCCAACUUCAAGGUGACAUCCUACACCAGCACCUCCAUAGAUGUGGAGUGGAGUCCCAUUGUUGGAGCCUCUGAGUACAAACUCUCCUGGAACACAGGUGAUAGCAGACCUCAGUCUCGUUACCUGGACCGCAGUGUUCUCUUCCAUCGAAUAGAAGACCUGAACCCGCGAUCCACCUACACGAUUACCAUCUGCGCAGUGUACGGCAACUCAGAGGGACCAGAAAUCUCCUUAUCUCAGCUCACAGCUGCUGUUUCAGACUCAGGCCCAAUCCAGGCAGUGAGGGAGGUGAAGGUUGUGGACAUUGGAGUCAACUCCUUCACGCUAUCCUGGAGGAAAACACCAGGGGCAUCUGGGUACAAAAUCUCUUGGAUCCCCUUCUUGGGGGGCCAGGAGAAAUCCCAGGUGGUAUCUGCUGCUUCGACCACCUUCACUAUCCACAACCUGCGGGAGAGCUCAGCUUAUAAGAUCCAGGUGUCAUCCAUGGCGGGCAAUAGGUUGGGAAGCCCAGUCCUGGUCACUGCACGCACCUUGGAUCUUCCAAAAGUGAAUGGUUUUGCUGCUCUGAACACUACAGACAGCAGCACUGUUCUGAACUGGACACGAGUGGCCGGCGUCUCUGGAUAUCUUCUCACGUGGAGGCACAUUUCAGUGUUGGAGACUAAAACAGAAACCCUGGGCCCUGAUUUCACCAUCUAUAAGAUUAGUGAUCUGCUGUAUGGAAGAACCUAUGUUUUUACCAUCAGACCUUUGUAUGGAGAAGUGGAGGGCCCUGUAAGCACGGUGUAUCAGAGAAUAUUGGGACAGGAUCCUCCGAUGGCAACGGCCCAGUCUGUGCCAGUCACAGUCGCCCCUCAAAUCACGACCGCCUCCAUCACCAAUGCAACCAUCACUCACAUAGCCACCAGGAUCACCCAGCGUCCCGUCGCUGUGCCGCAGACUAAAUCCAUAACCACCAAGAAGCCUGCAGGUCAGCCAAGUGUCACUGAAGCCAAAGAGGCACGAGUCACGUCACUCAAAACCACAUUGAGUGCAGAGACAACUGCUCCUCCAAGGCGAGCAUGUGGUAAGAGCAAAGCAGACAUCGUAUUCUUAGUGGAUGAGUCCUCCAGCAUUGGCGCUAACAACUUUAUCAAGAUGAAAGAUUUCAUCUUCCGGGUGGCCACUUACUUUCCUGUCAUUGGUUCUCAGGCCACACAGAUAGCCGUGGUUCAUUACAGCGAUGAGCCUCGAAUUGAAUUCCGUCUGAAUGACUACCAAGACCGAAACUCUGUGCUCCGGGCGCUCAGAGCUCUACGUUAUGUAGGAGGCAACACCAGAACAGGAAAAGGCAUCAGCUAUGUUCUGCAGGAACUGUUCCAGGAGUCUCUGGGCAUGAGGCAGGACGUGGCCCACGUUCUGGUCCUCAUUACAGAUGGCAGGGCCCAGGAUAAUGUGGUGCCACCCUCCAGAAUUGCACGUGCUUUGGGUGUCAGCAUCCUGGCAGUUGGAGUUUCUAAUGCAGACAUCGAGGAGCUGAAUAAAAUAGCAGCACCCACCAGCUACAAAAAUAUCUUCUACUCACCAACCUUUGAUGACUUCCCUUCCAUUGAGAGAGAAUUUAUCCAGAGCAUCUGUAGUGAGGAGCUCCUCUCCGAGUUCAAACUGCACGAUGAGUCUGCACAGUUGGACAACCCGACUGAAGACCCAGACGAGCUGCUUAAGCCUCAGGGUCCCUGCCCCUCCCAGUGUGCAAAGGGCCAGAAAGGGGAAAAAGGAGAUGGUUUUGGCUUUGGAGGUCUGAAAUUCAGGCAAAGCCCUGGGCAGUAUGAUCCUUUUACUUCUUCCAAAGGCGAACCAGGAGAAAAAGGACCUCCCGGAACAGAUGGUGUACCUGGGUUGCCAGGACGACCAGGGAGAACUGGACCCCCAGGUUCUGCCGGCCAACGGGGCCUUCCAGGUAUUCCAGGUGACAGGGGUUCACCUGGACUCACUGGUCCAAAGGGACAGAGAGGAGAGAGAGGAGAGCCUGGAUACGUCAUAGCCGGCACGGACGCAAACUUUGUUCCUGGACGAAAAGGAGAACCAGGAUCUUCAGGUCCCCAGGGACCUCCUGGUGUACCAGGGGUCAAUGGAGCUCCGGGCCUCCCUGGCCAGCCGGGACCACCAGGAUCACCAGGAAUCUCUUUCAAGGGAGAUCCUGGAGAACCGGGAGCAAAAGGUUUACGUGGGAAGCAGGGUGUGAAAGGAGACAAAGGAGAGUCGGGAAAAGAUGGUAUCGCAGGUUUGCCUGGUCCCAUUGGCAUCGAUGGGGUGCCGGGUUUACCAGGCCAGAAGGGAGAGAAGGGUGAAGAAGGAAUUGGCAUACAAGGUACUCAAGGUCCUCGUGGAGAGCCAGGAGAGAAGGGAAAUAUCGGCCUAAUGGGACCAGUUGGCCCAAAGGGCGAUGUUGGAGAGCAGGGCAUCCAAGGAAUCAUCGGACCUCGGGGAAAGAAGGGAUUCAAAGGGGAACAAGGGGACAAGGGAGAACGAGGAGAGAUGGGACCAGUCGGACCUCAAGGACCGAUGGGAUUGACAGGGCCAUCAGGGUUGAAAGGAGAUGAGGGUCUGCGAGGACUGCCUGGAGAUCCUGCCAAGGGUAUAAUUGGCCCAACUGGAAAAAAGGGUGCCAGGGGAGACAUUGGUCCAGUCGGCCCAACAGGAUCUCAGGGAAUAAAGGGUCAACAAGGAGACAAAGGAGAAAAGGGCAGCCCUGGUUUUGGGAUUCCAGGACAACGGGGUCCAAAGGGAGAAAAUGGCGAGAGAGGAAACGUUGGUUUGUCUGGAAAACCAGGACCAAAAGGGCAGGAUGGCUUCAAGGGUGACAAAGGGAGUGUUGGGUUACCUGGCAAUCCUGGAGAACCAGGAUUAAGAGGUAAAGAUGGAGCACCGGGAGCUAAAGGAGACCAAGGAAUUAAGGGGGAACAAGGGUCACCUGGAGAGCCUGGUGACAGAGGAAUCAGGGGGCCACUGGGGUUGCCAGGACGACCAGGGGACCCAGGAGAGAAAGGAGAUCCUGGGAAUCCUGGUCUGAUAGGCAGCGAUGGAAAGAAAGGAGACAAAGGGGAGCCGGGAAAACCUGGACCUCCGGGACCGCAAAUUGUUGCAGACAACAGCAUACUGACCAGAGUGAUAAAGGGUGAGCCAGGAGAGUCUGGUCAGCCUGGUUUGAGAGGAGAAACAGGUCUGCCUGGACCAAGAGGUCCAGAGGGGAAGCCUGGAUUACCAGGAACAUCUGUGGGAGAUUCAGGGAGAGACGGACUUGAUGGUUUACCAGGGAAACCGGGAAUGAAGGGCGACCAGGGGCAGAAAGGAGAGCCUGGUCUGAAGGGAGAUAAAGGAGACCAAGGCCGCGUUGGGAUCGCUGGGAUGCCUGGUUUACCGGGAACUCCAGGGAGACCUGGCAUUGAUGGGAAGAGAGGCCUGCCAGGAAAAGACGGAGAAAGAGGACCAAAAGGAGAUGAUGGCAAAAAGGGGGACAAGGGAGAUCCAGGUGCAAAUGGUAAAGAUGGCAGUAAGGGGGAACCAGGACCUCCAGGUUUGCCUGGCAGGCAGGUGCUUGUCACUCCAGAGGCUGCCACGGUUGACGAAAUCCGGCAAGCGUUUCCAAUCCCAAUGGGUCCUCCAGGUGCUACUGGUUCACCAGGAAUGAAGGGUGAUAAAGGAGAAACAGGCCUGAAAGGAGACAAGGGUGAUGCUGGAGCUCCUGGAAAGUCUACUGAGAUGAAGGACAUUGAAGUGAUGUUUGAAGCCUAUGGCAUAAGGCUGCCUUUGCUGAAGGCUUUGAUUGAUCGGCUGCUGCAGGAGGGAAUAGAGGAGCUUCUUCAUGUGCUCAGCACCUCUAAGAAGACAAAAGAAAACACAGAAACUCACACCUCCAACAUCAUCACAGAGUACACAAGUUCACUGAAGUUUGACCUCACCAGCCAACCACUCUCAGAGUUGGACACCAUUGAGGAUCCUGAUUUACAUGGACAGCUUCCAGAGUCUGUGCCAGUUGACACUUUAAAUGAAACUGCAGAGGGUCCUACUGUGUGGACUGUCACCACACUGAAUGGAGAGCAGGAACUUGACAGGGUUGAAACCACAUUAACGGGACCCAGAGGGAGGGAGAUACUGGGUAGGAGCAGUGAUGGAGCAUCUUCUCUCAAGAUUAAUCUGACUGGAGUCAAUUCUACUUUCAAUUAUGCUACGACACAGGAGACGGUUUCAGGGCUGCCAGACACUGUGGUGGAGACUGCUCUCCUCACUCAGGAAGAUCCUCUGAAGAAGAACGCAGGACAAAAGAGGAAGAACAGGGAACGAGGGAAGGGCAAAGGAAGUAAAGGACGACAUAAGAGGCAGAGACAACGCCUGACAAGAGAAGAGGACAAGCAGGAUGAGGAUGAGGAGGAGUUUUAUAACGACGAAGAAUAUAGUUACGAAUAUGAGGAAAAACUUCACCCAGGUGACCCCUCGGUGUCUCAGGAAGAGAGAGACCACAGACAGCUUGAAGUCCGAACAGAUGGAUUCCCCCAUCCGGUGGAUAAAAAUGUGGAACAACUGCUUGCAUACAGUGCUGAUCAGCUAGAAACCUCCAGUCUUCCUCUAACAUCCUCCGCAGACAGAGACAUAGAUGCUACACUUAAGGUGGUCUUGACAAGCACAGAGCCACCAUCUCAAACUAUGGCUGAUAUAGAAAAGGAUGAAGCUUCACUGCCCACACCUCCUGUCACAACAGAAGAACCAGACAAGGUGCCUCGAUUCCAAAUCAGGGUGAAGAAAAGCGCCCCCUGGCCCGAUUCCAUGGCGUUCAUGCCAGGUGCCCCAGGUGGAAGAAAUCGUUUCAAGGAGGCACAAAACAGUCUGUCCUCUGGAGCUCAAGGUUACAACAGCUGGAAUAGGAAGAAGCAAGAAAACCCUGACCAUCAAACACCUGUGAGGAGACAGAGACAAGAACAACGGGAGAGGGAGCAAUACAGUGACAGAAAAAGAGAGACAGGGACACGAGGUGGAGACGAGGAGCAGACUCAUACUGAAGAAGUGGAGGAGUGGGAAAUGGAACAAGAGGAAGUAGUAGAGACCAAUGGAUAUACAGAAACAGGUCCAGUCUUUGGGGAGGAGGAGAGGAGUGGUGACUACGAAUGGGAGACGGAGGAGGACGUCGAUCGAGAGAGGGAAGGAGAGGAGGAGGACCUGGAGAGGCAGAGAGAG